CGAAACAAUGUCAAAUGUUUCAUGUCGCUACAUGUGUAUGCGUGCACGAGACAUGCAUGGUAAUAUUUCAAAUGUCAUACGAAUUUUAGUAUAAGUUAUACGUUCCACAAAAAACACAAGUAAUGCUUUACUAAAAAAAGAAGCAAAAAAGUAAAACAUGGAAUGUCCAGAUUUACAACCACCAUCCUCGGUACGAGGGAUGACCUUGUUAGAUCGAGAAAAAUUUAAGAAAAUCGUUCAAAUACCAAAACUAAAUGUAACCGAUGUGAAUUUAAAAAGUAUUCUGCCGCACAUCAAGCGAAUGUUGUUAAAAAUUCAGCGUCACAAGUCCAUUGAAAUAGAAAAUGAUGGAACGAAAAAAUUACUACUACAUCCGACGGCGAUAACAUGUUUUGGUGAUUUACCCGAAGAAGUUCGUAAUUUGGGCUUGAAUGGUUCACAUUUAAAAUGGGAAGAAUUUGAAUUGACCUACGAAAAUUGGACGACCGAUGAUAUUUUAAAAGCUGUAUUACCAGCUGAUCAAGAAUCAUGUACAUCGUAUUCACGCAUCGGCCACAUAAUCCAUGUGAAUUUGAAAACACAUCUAUUGCCAUACAAACAACUGAUUGGCGAAGUGUUUCGUGAUAAAAUCGCCGGUAUUCGAUGUGUCAUCAAUAAAAUCCAAACGAUCGACAAUACAUUUCGAAAUUUUCAAUUGGAACUGUUGUCGGGCGAAGAAGAUUAUCAAGUUGAGGUUAAAGAAAACGGUACCAACUUUAAAUUUGAUUUUUCACAAGUGUAUUGGAAUCCAAGACUGGCAACCGAACAUGAACGUAUCAUUAAAAUGCACGACAAAGGUGAUGUGCUUUAUGAUGUAUUUGCUGGCGUUGGACCAUUUUCAAUUCCGGUGGCAAAGCGAAAAGCAUUUGUAUUGGCAAACGAUUUAAAUCCAUCAUCGUACAAAUGGCUUCAAUACAAUAUGAAAAAGAACAAAGUCACGAAUUUCAUGCAAACAAUUAACAAAGAUGGCCGCGAUUUUAUAACGGAAGAUGUUAAAUGUGAUUUAAUCAAACGUUGGAAUUGCAGCGACAGUAAAUUAUAUAAAAUUCAUUUGACCAUGAAUCUUCCGGCAAUGGCUGUUGAAUUUGUAGAUACAUUUUGUGGACUGAUGUCAAAUUAUACGGGACCCAUUGAACCAUUACCAUUGGUGCAUGUAUAUUGUUUUGCAAAAGGCGAUGAUCCGGCCAGCAUUGCAAAAUGUUUAGUUGAAGAAAAUUUGGGCUACAAAUUAAGUACAAAUCUAGAAGGUGUCCACUUUGUACGAAACGUUGCACCAAACAAAGAUAUGUUUCGUGUUAGUUUCUAUUUAACACAGGAAAUUCUUUGCUCGAAGAAAGGUGCUAGCAAACGUGGCAUUACCAAUGAAACGAGCGCUGAAUUCAGCUCCAAGAAACCAUGCAACACCACAAAUUGAUGAGAAAAAAAAAUCGGAUUUAGCUACUAUUUAUAACCCCUUUUUUUGCCUCACAUCUUUUCGAUCUGCACAUUCUUUAUGAUUUAAUUAUGAAAAUGAGUCUAGUUAUAAAAAUGAAUUCCAUCGAAGAGCAAUGAGAACAUGUUUUUUUAGAAAUUGAAUAAAAAGUAUUUUUUUUAAAA